AUGUUCUUAAUCGUAUGUAGUAUGACGGUCACGUUGUACCUAAUCAUACGAUAUCAAUCGACAAGUAAACUUGAAAACGAUACCAACAAUUCAAAGCCGAUUUUACCACUCAAACAAAAUGAACGCGUGCAGACUCCAGCAUUGACUUUUAAAGAUACACCCAUGUAUAAUGAAUUAGUUCAAAUACAAAGUCUACCAGUUAGACUGUUCCCGACAGAGCUGAGUAAACAACCAUUGCAACGUGAAUAUACAAGUGAAACGAUAACAUAUGAUGAAAGCAAAUUUCGUCAAUCACUUACUCCUAUCCUGUGGCUUGAUGAACAAGGUGAUGUUCGAUGGAAUAAAAUUGCUGAGAUCGAAAUGCUCAAAUAUCUUUCGGAAAAACAGUUUCCACAUCUGGAUGAAAUUCAAAGUGGAUCGAUGAGCAAACAAGAAAUUCUUAACAUAUGCCGUGCGCAAUCGAUCUUUAUUCUACAGCAACAUUGGUCGGGAUUCUUCAGUAGGGUUCUCUGUUUCAUUGCACAAUUUGGCCAAACAUUGUAUAGUCCGCGUAUUGCUGUACUUCGUGGAACUCGUUUUAGUGGCGACCGUGGUGAAAAGGAUGAUUUCUUAGGCGAAGGUAUAAAACGUUAUUUUCUUCCAUCUUCGAUUUGCACAGCAUACGAGCAAGAUCCGGAAUUGAAGACUAUGAAAACCCUUAUUGAAUCUGAUUCAAAUAAGAUUAGUAUUGCAAUCACCAGUAAACUAUUUGAAUAUAGAAAUAAUAAAGAGAACCGUCCUCUAUGGUCGAGCGAAUUCUGGAAAAUGGAUUACCAUCAUGUACCCAUACGAAAAUGGUUGUUCGAUCGCAAGAAGACAUCAGUUACUUAUGACUCGCCUCUGAAAGUUCUUAUCGAUCAUUCUAAUGAGCAUAUUUACGCACCAAACAAUGCGAAAAAUGUUCCGCUUGGCGAAUGGAUCAACACAAAUAAACCUGAUGCCUUCUCUUCUGAUCUUUUAGUUUCAAAUAUAAGUUAUAAAUUAACUUGGCAAGAUCACAUUUUCGGCUCAUUUCUUCGUUAUAUGUUUGUUUUAUAUUUUGGCUCGCAAAAUGCACCGCGCAUUGAAUAUAGCAUGCGAGUAUUAACCCAAUAUUGGUUAGAUUAUCUCCGAGAUAAACAUUCGAUUCCAGCUAGUACAAAUGUAUUCGAUCAACUUGCUGGUUUAUAUAUUCGCCGGGGGGAUAAAUCCAAUGAAGAUUCCUUCUGGGCGAAGCAUCAGCAUUGGCGAAAUCUUUCGUUAUAUGUCAAAGGAAUCGUCGACGAAGAAAAACGACAAAAGAAAAAGUUUAAAUACAUUUUUGUUAUGACCGACGAUACAUCUGUCAUGCAGGCACUUCAAGACUAUGCAAAUCCGAAUUCGAAGGGUACGGAUGAAUCGUAUGCGCGAGAACAUUUACGUGGAAGAAAUAUUCUUUACAAUGUUCUUGCACCACAAGCAUGCUUUGAUCCAUUUCAUCGUAUUGGUUUCGAACAAUUUCUAGUUAGUAUGCGAUUUUUAAUUGAACAUUCCGCCUUCACAAUUGGUCAUACAGAUUCCAACGUAUUUCGUUUCUUUCGCGAAGUUAUUUAUGCUCAAAGACAACAUCGACCAGGCCUUCAAUCAUACACAUAUGCUCAAAAUGCUCCGGAUUCUCUGAAUGAUACUAAAAAAUAUAAAAUCAACAUUGAAACCAACGAAAAGUCCUAA